GUUAGUGUUGGUCCUCCAGACCAGCUGGUGGCGGUCAUGCACCUAAACAUUUGCAGAAGAAGAAGAAGAAGAGGCAAGUGACGUCAUUCCAAGGGCGCCAAAUCUGCAGCAGACAAAAACACAACAUCGUCUAAAUAACUAGCUGUCAUGGACCUCAGCCCCUUUGAAACAGACAACUCGGUCAGCUGCCGCCUGGCCUCUCAGAUCCCUGAUGUCUGCCGGACUGAGGACUGCUGUUUGGGCAUCGACGAGGCAGGCAGGGGGCCUGUGCUGGGUCCCAUGGUGUAUGGAAUAUGUUUCUGUCCAGUUUCCAAAAAGCAGGAGCUGAAGGAAUCGAAAGUGGCAGAUUCAAAGACUCUCACAGAGGCAGAAAGAGAGAAUCUUUUCCAAAAACUGGAUGAAGCCAAAAGUUAUAUAGGCUGGGCUCUGCAUAUUAUCUCACCAAACACCAUCUCUACCAGCAUGUUACAGAGGUCAAAAUACAACCUGAACGCCCUUUCACAUGAUUCAGCAAUUGAUCUAGUACAGUUUGCCUUGGACAGUGGAGUACAGCUCAAAGAGGUGUUUGUGGACACAGUCGGCCCAGCAGAUAAGUAUGAGGAGAAACUUUCAAAGAGGUUUCCAGGUAUCGAAGUGACUGUGAGGCCGAAGGCUGACUCCCUCUUCCCCAUCGUCAGCGCAGCCAGUAUCUGUGCGAAGGUGGCCAGGGAUCAUGUUGUAAAGGGCUGGAACUUUGCUGAGGACCUGGGAGAGGUGGAUUCAGCCUACGGCUCAGGAUACCCGAGCGAUCCCAAGACCAAAGCGUGGCUGCUGAAGUGCCUGGACCCAGUGUUUGGUUACCCUCAGUUUGUUCGAUUUAGCUGGAGCACUGCACAAACCCUGAUGGACAGCAAGGGUGUGACUGUCCACUGGGACGAUGAUGACGAGGACGGGGAGAAGGCGGCCCAGCGGCACAACAACAGGUCCAUGUUGGCCUAUUUCAGUGCAUCUGCUGGAGGUAACGACCAAAACCCAACUCGCCAGACACACCGCUUCUUCACUGAGCGGAGGCUGAAGAGCCUUGACACACUCUGAAGACAACACAGUAGAGGACACACACACACAGACAGGAAAUCAUAAGCUCUUUGUAAGAUUUUCAUGUACAGGCAAAACGGCGAGUCUUCGGCACAGAUGUGGACUUUGAUGAAACACCCAUGCAGAUUUAAAUGAAGAUCUUUCUUUAUUUGUUCUUUUUGUAUCUGUUUUUUUUAUACAUAAAAGUAAUGUUUAAAACUCAU